CUGUCUGAUUGUUGACUGACUCAGAAUAGGUCACUUUUAUUUGAACAGAUAAUGAUUUCAAUACGUUUUCGAGUAUUGAGUAAGCACUUCAGGAAUGUCAUCACUCAGUUGUGAGAUGCUUGGUGCUUACUUUGAAGUGGAAUGUCCUUGUGUUUGUUGAGCUGUGUAAACAUGAAUAAACGGAUCUAUUAAUGCAUAUUUCACAGUGAGGCAGCACAGAGUACAGUUGUCAGCUGUUGUCAAUUGUGUGAUAUCAGAGGUGAACACGAAGUAACAUGCCACCUAUGUGCCCGUGGCCUAUAGUGGGGGCGAUUGCUUUACCCCAUCUUGGGGCUUCACUCAGUGUGCGUUUUGUCGGUGACUGGAAACCCUGGUACGAUUCAUUGAAGCGACCAAGUUGGACCCCACCUGGAUCUGUUAUUGGCUCAGUGUGGACAUGCUUAUAUACUGGAAUGGGCUACGCAUCCUACCUCGUUUGGAAAGAGGGAGGUGGAUUCAAUGGACCUGCUCAAAUUCCACUAGCAAUGUAUGGAACUCAGUUGGCUCUUAAUUUUGCUUGGAGUCCUUUAUUUUUUGGUAAACACGCUUUGAAAGAGUCCUUCUUCGAGGUUCUCCUACUGGACGCCGCUGCAGCUGGCACUGCGUACCUGUUCUACCAAGUGUCACCCCUGGCCGGGUACUUGUUUAUAUACCGUACCUGAUGUGGUUGGGUGUUGCAUCCACCAUCAACUACAGGAUAUGGAAGGACAACCCCUCCCCAAGUAGAAAUAAUUGAUUUUAUAACAAAGUGCCUUACUCCAUAGUGACACUGAUUGAUAAGGUUCUGUGUGAUGUGAUAACACAUUGUCAGCAGAUAGUAGUGGACUGAUUGAAUUCGGUAUACCAUAAGUUUAUAUCGAUUUAUUCUGUUAAUCAUAACUAUAUCUUCGACUGAAUGAUGAACAAUGAAACAUAGUGGUAUUGAAAUGUUAUGCUUUUUGCUACAAAUAACAAUGGCAACUGUCUUUAAUAUCAUGUUCUAGGUCAAAUUAACAAUUGCUAUUAAUGAAUUUAAUAAAUUAUUUAAUUACA